ACUUCCUGGGACCAGCAGAGCAGGAAGAGACGCAGCAGGAAACAAACAAACUUUGCUGUGGCUGGCUUCACAGGUUAAAGUUGCUCUCUUGUUGUGCAUUAUUUUAUUUUUUUUUAUUUUUUUUGUGAUUUGCUGGUUAUCUUCAGAGACCUUUGACAGAGAUGACGCUGCAGUGGACUGCCGUGGCCUCCUUUCUCUAUGCUGAAAUAGUUAUUCUCAUCUUCCUCUGUUUGCCCUUCAUCUCGGCCAGGAGAUGGCAGAGUAUUUUCCAGCUGAGGAUCUGGAGCUGGAUGGCGCAGUUCUGGAACAAAGUGUUUCUCACGAUGAUCAUAAUACUCAUCGUUCUUUUCCUCGAUGCGGUGCGUGAGGUGAGGAAAUAUUCAGGUAAAGAAAUUAGCGCAAAUGCCAAGCUGCAACCGAACAUGUUUGAUCACCUGAACAUGAAGCUUUUCAGAGCUCAGAGGAACCUCUACAUCUCCGGCUUCGCUGUCUUCCUCUGGCUGGUUAUGAAGCGAGUGGUCACCUUGAUUAACCAACUGGCAUCAGUGUCAAACACUACAGCUGCCCUUCAGGCGCAGGCUGAUGGUGCUAACCAGGCUGCAAAGAAAUACAUGGAGGACAAUGAGCUGCUGAAACAGACUCUGAUGGAAGUGAAGGAUGGUACGGCUACUGCAGAAGGCAUAGCGCUGUUGAGGACAGAAGUGGAGAAACUCAAAGAAGAACUGAAGACCUCAGGAGAGGCCCUGGGGAAGUCCCAGACGGAGGCGGAUGUAAUAAAGAAGCAGAUGGACGGUCUCGCCAGGGAGUACGACAGACUGUUGACAGAACACCAGGAGCUCCAGAAUCUUCGAGAUAGUGGAAACAAAAAGGACGACUAGUUAUCCUAAAAUCCUUAAAAGGUUUGAAAUGUUUACACCACGACUUAAACCAUUCACGAGAAAACCACUGCAACACAUGCUUCACCUCCGACACUAUAUGUCAUAGCGCAUAUCACAAAACCAGGGCAGCGUUUGGCUGAUAUCAAUAAUGGUUUUAAGGCAUGGACACCGAUUUUUUUUUAUUUAUUUUUUUUUUUUUUAUGACGGCAUCAGACUAUCUUAAAUGGAAUGUGUAUUAUUGGAUUAUUUCCUGUUUCUGCCUGGCACAGUGUGACUAAGCAGACUGUUUGUUUUUCAUAACACACUCUAUCAGGCAGAUUAGGUAAUUGGAGAGAAUUAAGUCAGGUUUGAUCACAGAGCACUUAAUAUGUUAAAGAAAUAUACGCCAAGGACGGUUGUUGUUUUAUUUGUUAUUAGCCAGGCGCGCAGUGUGGAGGGAGCGCAAAUAUUUGUCGUAAACUAGAGUUACCAGUGGUAAAACGGCUGUGAAUGUAUUUUGAUACCAAGGGUUUGCUUCUUCAUUCCCGGGUGUAGCAGGGACACCUGCCGCACCCACUUUGAGCUUGACAAUAGUAUGUAAAUUCAGUUUGAGUUCCAUGGCUGUGCAAAUAUAGUUUGCAUAUACUGUUGCACUUAGGCAAAUCAUCCUGACAUGUUUUUGUUGUACCACAGCUGAUGAUAUAUGUUUGGUUUUUCUUUUAGUAGUGCUGGUGAAUCAUUGAAAGUUUCCACCAUCCAGUGCUUUUGUUCUCUUGGUUUCCCUCAUGUAUUCCUUAGAAUCUGACACCGUGUGUGUAGAUAUAAAUAAAACUGAUUCUGUAGUGAUAGAAAAUUGGAUUCAACCACCCAUGAUCCUACAUAUGGUUUACAAUAAAAUAAGAUUGAAUCUAGGACCAAGAUCAGAGUUAUAUAUCUUGUGUAUGUUUCUAAACCGCAGGAGGUCCAAAUUGUUGUAUAUUUGCUGCACAGCAUGUUUCAAGUGUUUAUUUUGAGGUCAGUGCAAGAUGUCAUGUAUGUGUCAUGAAAGGGGCUGUAUAGAUUGUUAUAUAUUUCCGUUAUUCAGACAGAGCCUUGUCACUGUGAAAGAAGAGCAGAGACUAUAUUCACCAGAUGCUUCAGUGUUCUCUAUGUUUUACUUUUAAUAACUAUAGUUACUUUUGAAGUCAUAAAAUUACAGAAAUGUCCCUUCACGUUGUGUACCCACAUUUAAGUUGAAGAAUGAAGUGCCUUUUUAUUCAGAUGGUGUACAUUUUGUUGAAUAAAGACACAUUUCUUUA